UACAGCAGUAGUGGCAAAGAUAGAUUUUGUAUUAGGCUUGAUAGCGAUCUAUUUAAAAUAUGCAGAUAAGAUAGCACGUGACAUAUCUUUCUUUCUACAACAGGGCAUCCGUUGAUGUAAAUGAUCAAAGCAGAUAUGCGGUACUUAAAUGUACUGUAAAUGAAAUUGUGAAGAAAUCUGUAGGCAACACAGCAUCAGAUACUAUCAGUAAUUUUAUUUUUUGAACGAAUUGAGAAAACACGACACAUUGUCAGUCUAAAAAGGAGGAGAUUGCUCGACAGUUUAUGCUUCCGGAAAGAAAAUCAAAAAUAGCGACACUUCUGAAGCAAGAUGGACAAGCCUACUGCAUCUGCAGGUCCUCUGAUUCUUCAAGAUUCAUGAUAGCAUGUGAUAAUUGUGAAGAAUGGUACCAUGGUGACUGCAUACGAAUCAGUGAAAAAGAAGCAAAGUAUAUCAAACAGUUCUUCUGUGUGAGAUGUCGGGAAGAGGAUCCUACAUUAGUUACUAAAUACAAGCCUAGAAAACGAGAGGGUGAACAUUCAUCUUCAAAUGCUAUUGAUCGUCAGUCGAGAGACAGAAAACGGAAAGAAAAAGUUGGGUCUGCCGAUGAGAAAACCAGGAUGUCAAAGCGAUGUGGACGUUGCAAAGGCUGUUACCGAACAGAAGACUGUGGACACUGUGACGGUUGUCGUAAUACGGAUGGUAUAAGGCACGGACGACAGAUACCGCGCUGCUACAACAGACUCUGUAUAGGCGUCCACCGUUCUGCAACAGCGUCGAGACGUCGUGUACGUACUCGCGACUCCAGUUCAGAUGGUGGAGGAGCUAUGCCUCCUACAGUUUUUGAGCACGGUGGCAUUGUGCGUCAGUGUUAUGGCCCAAGCUGUACACAGCCUGCAAGACCCUCCAGCAAAUACUGCAGUGAUGCUUGUGGCCUGAAGCUUGCUGCAAAUCGCAUAUAUCAGGUCUUGCCGCAACGUAUCCAGGAAUGGUCCCUUUCACCUUGUGUUGCAGAAGAAAACAAUAAAAGACAAUUAGAAAGUGUACGGAGACAACAGUUGGAAGUACGUGCUAUUCUUCAUGAUCUUGAUAAACGGCAUAAGGAACUGGAUGCUAUGAUAGAUCGAGCAGCUGCUGCUGUAGCUGACCCUAACUGGAAAGAGGAAGCAGAGGAUGAAUGUGAAGCUAGCAUGUACUGCAUCACAUGUGGUCACGAGAUACAUUCACGAACUGCCAUCAAGCAUAUGGAGAAGUGCUUUAACAAGUACGAAAGUCAGUCUUCAUUUGGAUCUAUAUACAAAACUCGUAUUGAGGGUAACAAUAUGUUCUGUGACUAUUAUAAUCCAGCAAACCAGACAUAUUGCAAGAGACUGAAGGUACUCUGCCCAGAACAUUCAAAAGAACCAAAGAUUUCUGAUACUGAGGUAUGUGGCUGUCCUCUGGUGGUAAAUGUAUUUGAACCUACAGGCGAAUUUUGUCGUGCACCAAAAAAGAGCUGUGUGAAACACUAUCAUUGGGAAAGAUUGCGGAGAGCUGAAAUUGAUAUGGAGAGAGUUAGACAGUGGCUGAAGAUAGAUGAGCUGAUAGAACAAGAGCGUCAAAUACGCCACAUGAUGGCGAGCAGGGCAGGUGUUCUUGGUCUGAUGCUGCAUUCCACGUACAAUCACGACCUCAUGGAGCAGAUGACGUCAAAUCAAGACCGACAGCAGUAAUAUUGACCGAGAGAAGCAAUGUUACCAACUACAAUAUCACAGUAUUGAUUCUGUGUUACAUUUAAGAAAUAUUUUAAUUACAGUUAAGUUAAUAUCUCUUGGUUCCACUUGAACAUAUUAUUAUAUGUUUUUAUCAACAGUGAGCAAUUAUUAAACAUCAUUUUCUGCUUGUCAGAAAAUAAAAUGGACUGCACUGCAUAAAAAAGAUAAA